UCGGCAUUUCUCUCUCCGGCGGGACUGAAGCGGCUCCGAGACACACCGUUAUGGAAGCUGGAAACCAUGAAGGAGCUGUGGAUGAGGCUGAAGACACAGAUGAGCUGCUUUGUACUGACGUGGACGGAGAGACGGUCAGUGAGUUUAGUCUUAGUGCGCCUGCUCUUCCCCGAGACCAUUGUGAUCUCCUGCUGGAUGCCCUCGAUGCUCAUCUCAGCCGUCUACAGACUCACAGUCAUGGCCAAGUGAAUGGAGGCAAGAGCAAGACGGAGGCUGUCCUGGGUGCAGUAUCUCUCAACAGGAGUAACUCUGCGAGUAAAGACACUGGCCUGGGCAGCACUGUCCCUUCCACCAAUAAAGCCACCUCUACCCCGGAUGGGUCCAAUUCAGAUCAUCCAGAUCUGUCCCUAGUGGAGGUCAGCAGAGGCAGGAUGGAGCCAGCUGGGCAGCAACAGGACAUCAAUGAGGAGCAUAUUGGAUUGUGUACAACCCCCUCGUGGCAGACAGGGAGAGCUAGAGGAUCUUGGGACUCCAAGAGUGAGCAGUGUCUCUGGAGGUUGGAAAAACUGCUGGGGAGUAGCACUAAGCAGGUAGGAGUGAAGGAGCAGGAGGUGGAAGAGGAGGACAGCGUGUGCACAGAAGACUUCAGCGCAAGAUUCAGAGAGGAGAUGCUGGAACCUCAAGAGCCGAAUGCGGGUGGAGCAGGCAAUGUUUCAGAUGCUGCCGUCAUCAGCAGCAGCGACACCGGACGCCUAAUUCAAUCACAGAUCAUCCAGAACCAGAACACAGUCCAGAAUCUCAGGGGAACGUCAUGCACCAGACACCUUGCAGGAGUUCCCAUGAGGAGUUUUGACUUGGUCACUAUAGACAGCGAUCUGGACUCGGUGCGCACAGAGCGAGUACGACAGCAUCUACAGAGAACUCAAAACAACAGGACAGCACUGGAGACGUUCGUACAGAGUGGAUCCUGCGCAAGAAGACUAAAAAACACACAACGAUCUGAAAACCAAACACUCAGCUCUGAUGAGGAAGGAGCAGUUGGAGAAGAGAGCAUUGAAUGUGUAAGAUGUUACAGGUCACUGAGAGGUAAAGGCAGCGUCCAGAGAAGAGAAAAAAAGUACCAAAGCAGGAGAAACAAGUCCACUACCUCAACACCCUCUACCACUAGCAAAGAAAAACAGGAUGACAAACUCAGAACAGAAUCCAAUGACAUGGAACUGUCGCUUGUUGGACUUCAGCAGCAAAAAGCGACUGCGGUGAGGGUAGUGGAGAGACUGAGGGAGGAGGUGGAGGAAGCGGAGAGAGAGAGACACACACUGCAGCUCUGCGUCACUCAAACCAGAACUCACGCUCAGCUCCUCCGGAGUGAGCUACACAAACUCCAGGCUGAGAGGGACUUGUGUGUGAAGGAGUUCAGGGCCCUACAGGAGGACCAGGCUGCCUUACAGAGACACACAACCGCUUGUUACUACGCCUCCAGUCCUCACAAGCGUAUGAACAGCAGCUGUGUGUCUGUGUUGGAGAGGGAGGAGAUGGAACGUCUGCUGGACAGCACCAAAUCAGAGCUGUUCUCAGAACAACGGCGGUUCAGGAAGAAACUGGACUCCGUUCAGGAGAGACUAGAGGAGGUGACUCAGGAGCUGGAGCAGAGGGAGGAGGAGAGCAGGAGCCUCAGAGAGAAAUGCUCCGAGCUGGAAGAGAAACUGACCGCAGCCAUCAAACACAGGGACGAGCUACAGCAAUCUGUACAGAGUGAACGAGUAGAGCAGGGGGACAGGCUGGGGGCUCUGGAGAAGAUCAUUGCACAGAAGGAGCUGCUCCUGCUGGGCAUACAGGAGGAGAAGAGCUCCCUUCAGACAGAGCUCACUGCCGUCAGAGAGGAGAACAGGGCUAAGCUCACAGCAGCACUGGCACAAGCACGGAAAGAGAAGGAGGAGGAAACUGAGCGGCUGAAGGUUCAGUUGACUCAGACUCAUGAGCACGAGCUACAGAUGGUUCGUUCUCAGGGACAUGAGUCCAAAGCAGAAGCCCUCAGAGAGCAAGCUCUUACCCACACUCGCAACACUGAGUCCCUACAGAGCUGCAUUCAGGUGAAGGAGCAGGAGGUGAAGAGACUGCAGGAGUCUCUUAAGCAACAGCAGGAGGUGCUAAGGAGGCGAGAGGUGGAGCUGAGAGGAGAGGCUCAUGAACAGGUGCAGAAGGCAGUGGAGCAAGAGCAGGGUAAGUUUGAGGAGCAGGUGCAGGACUUGGAGAGGAGAUGGAGAGCAGAUGUGGAGAGAGAGAGGAGGAAUGCGUUGGCUCUGCAGAACAAGGUUCUGGAGAUGCAGACGCGGGUAGAAGAGCUGGAGAGUGAAGCAUCUGUGCAGACGGUGAGGCUCAGAGCUCUGAGAGACGAGCACCAGGUGGAGUUACAGAGACUGAACAGGCAGCUGAAACAGGAGGCUGAGAGUGAGGCUGCACGUCUGAAACAAAGUGUGAAACAGUCAGAGAAGCAGCUCCAGGGCCUGAAAUCGGCGCUUGCUGAGUGUGAGCGGGUCCACCAGGGGGCAGCAGAGAGACAGGAGUGGCAGAACUCAGCCUGGGUUCAGGAUAUACACACAGAGUGCAUGUGUCUACAGGAGCUGCUCACACACAAUGGCCUGAGUGUGGAUACCAAACACCUCUCACACAGUGCUACAGUGAGCGAGGCCGUGCAGGCGCUGCAGUCUCUCAGAAAACCUCUCCAGCAGCUCAUCAUCAGCCUGCAGACUCGCAUCAGCUCACUCACUCACGCCAACCAGCAGAUCAGCGCAGAGAAGGAGCUUCAGAGGGACCAGUUGACGGCAGAUAAGGAGAGAGCUCUGAAUGCGUUAAAGGAGAAACUCAUACAGGAGCACAUAGAAGAGCUGAGCAGUAUGAGUUGGGUGCGGCUGGGUGAGGAUGAUGAUGGUCUGCGCAGGCAGCUGCAGGCUAAAGAUGAAGAGCUGCGGCAGGUGCAGAGAAACAUGGCGAAGUGGAAGGAGAAAACAACCAAACGCCUCGCCCAGAAGUUUGAGGAGGAGCUCAGCACUGAGCUGGAGAGAUGGAAGGUAGACUGGAUAAGGAAAAGGAGAGUCUCCAAAACCAAGUUGGAGCCACAACGGAGACUGGAGCUGCUUGAGGGAGAGAUGAGACACUUGACUCGGAACUACAAAGACCAAACAGACGUGGCAUCUGCUUCUUCUGCUAUUGUCCCAGACUUGGCAAGCACUCCCAGUGGCCACGACCUGGCUUCAUACAAGCUACUACGGCACCUCCAGAGCCGUAUCCAUCAGCUCCAGGCAGACAACCAGACUCACCCACCCAGCCCUGUGCAUCCCAAGGGGGUCCGAGAAGCUGGAGACUUGGCAGGGUCCUACCUUGAAACUAUUGCUCCAGUGCAGGAACGUUAUGUGUCACAGCGCUCCAGCGUGAGGACAGCACCCAGUUAACCACCCCCAACUCUGGCCUGGACAUUGACCCCUCUGACUCCAUAAUACCACCUUUUGUCGAGCUGGGUCAUUCUAGCUGUACAGCAGCAAAUCAUUUCCAGUGACUCUGCAGGCUGUGGUGUUCUGUAAAGGCACCCUUGGGCCUGUCUUCAAAGAAAAGAAGCAGGUGUUUUACAGCUGGACUGAAAGUGGAACGAUGAGCGUUCUUCACCAGCUCUGAAAAAAGUGCCCCUUGCCCUGGGUGGUGUUGUUUAAGCAAGUUAGCUGCUGCAGAUUAAACUAGUUAUUAAUGCCUUUAUUACACUUAUAUCUCAAUGGUGCUACAAGCUCUGAAGCCCCUCCAGCCAUUAUUUAUCUUUUCAUUCAUUUGGACCAAUUACUGUAGACUGUUAAAAUCAUUUUAAGACUAUAUUCUUAAAAAUAAAGGUGCCAAAACGGGUUCUUUGGAGUGAUAUCAUAGAAGAACCUUAAAGAAACCUCAAGAACUUUUCAGUUCAUGGCACAUUUUCCUUCCGGGAUGGUCUCAGAGCAUUUCCUCUCGAUGAUCAAAUUUUAUUGGCUAACAUUUUUUUCCUAACCCACUGGUGCACAGUGACGUAAUCGGUAAUCAGAAUAUGUUUAAGAUGCGGGAAUCAGUCGCUGCAAUCAAAGAUUAUGAGAAUUCUGCCGUAUACACUUGGAAAUAAAGGUGGUAUGCAGGUACAUCUUUCGCUUAUCAAAGUACAAGCAAUAUAAAUGUACCCUCAAACGUACAACAGUGGUUUUGAGGUCCAGUUGUGCACUUUAAAUGUUUUUCCAGGUUAAAAGUACAUAUUUCUACCUUUUUCAUAACCGAAUGUUUUAAAACAGAACAGUAAAAUAAAGCCUGGAGGCAAGACGAGGUGUGUGGAGUCAGUACAGCUUAGAAAAUAUCAUUUUAUUAUAUUAUUAUGGUUCAAUUAUGUUCCAUGGCUAAAGGUAUGGAGAUGUACCCUUGAGGGGACCACCCCAGCGACACAAGGGGUACAGCCCCAGCGACAGUUUACUAUUUGUAUUUCUGAGAGUGUAAGUGGUAAGAUGAUAGACAUUAGAUUUUGUGAAAAUCUUAAUUUUUUUUCAUUUAAGGAACCCCCACAUCAUUUAAAACUUCUACACUGAUACAAUUUUACCUAGAAAUGUACAUCCAAGCCAAAAAAAACAUCACGGAAUGUUUGUUUUCAAGGAUGCACUUAUUGAUCAUUACACUUACAAUGCAUUUUUUUUGCUAAAUAAAUGCAAAUGUAAACUUCCAAAA